UUGAUAGAUUAGUGUAAAAGCUGCUCUCAUGGGGUGCUCUAGCAUAGUAGUGUUAAGGAUACCAACACUUAUUAUGAUUGGCUAGAGAACGCGCGCCUUGGAUGUAUUCUCCUCCGAAACGUAUUUUGGAUCGCAGUACAGCCCUUCCAUUUUAAUAAAUACACCUUUGAAUCUUUUUCCUAAAUCAUGUCGGAUCGAGGAACUCGAGGACAUUACAGAGGACGUGGCCGUGGUGGUAGCAGUAGCCGCGGUGGUGGUCGCGGUGGACAUUACGGCGGUCAACAACAGGACAAGCCAAAGAAAGAAUCGAUUUUAGAUCUUUCGAAGUAUAUGGAGAAGAAGGUUCGCGUACGAUUCAGUGGAGGCCGUGAAGUGGUUGGCAAACUCAUGGGUUACGAUCCGUUAUUAAAUCUUGUACUCGACGAGACAAUCGAAUAUCUUAAAGAUGACGAGACCGGAUACAUUACCGAAAACACACGCGUGCUCGGCCUGGCAGUACUUCGAGGUACUGCUGUGAUCUUGAUAUCGCCAUUCGACGGUAGCGAAGAGAUCGAGAACCCAUUCGUUGCACAAUAAACAGACACACACACGCACACAACUACCAUAUCCCCCCCACCUCUACCAAUUCUCUUCACAAUUGCAUGUCUACCAGCCUCUCCGACUUCCUUGAAGAUAUAUAAUAAAAAAAAAACAACGUCGCUCAUCCAUGUAUGUACAUUACGAUAUUGGAAAGGUUGGGGGGACGGAAUAGAUCUAUCUAGAGGUUCAACUUUAAAAGAAUUGGAGGGUUUGGAUCAUACGAAGGACACAUGACAGAGAAGAUAUGUCGUGCUUCUUAUUUGUGAUGGUAUCCCAUGAAUGGAUGCAUGUAUCGAAACAUGAAAGAUGUGUUGUAACAGCUGUGAUCUGCUUCCGCAUCACAGCAAUAAUAGUCUUCGUC